AUGCUAAGGAUAAGAGCGAAGGUUAGGAGAGCUUGUGAGGAAAUCUCCGAUAAUAGAGAGUUCUUCCUGACGCUGGCGGCUUCAAUUGUAUUUUUAUUUGUACUUUUAACUAAAGUUUUCGUCAAGGGGGUUGUUUUCCCCAUAGAAACUUCAGACAAGUACAUUGGUUCUGAUAGGGAUAAGCCAUUUUACGAAGGAUGUGUGGACACUAUGCAAUAUUUGAAGGAUCCUGCUUAUACAAAGAUGAACGCGACAUUUGUCAUGUUGACCAGAAAUGAAGAAAUCGACGGAGUUUUGCAUAGUGUAAACAGUUUAGAAUCACGUUUCAAUCAAUGGUUCCAUUAUCCCUACGUAUUCCUAAAUGACGUUCCCUUUAGUGAAGAGUUCAAGAGAGAAAUUAAAAAUGCUGUAAGUGGAGAAGUACAAUUUGGUCUUGUUGAUAAAUAUAUGUGGCAAAUUCCAGAGGAAACGAGUGAUCCAAGGGCAUUUAAAAAUGCGAUAGAUACUCAGGGUGAUAGAGGGUUUCUUUACGGUGGGUCUGCAUCUUACCAUCGUAUGUGUCGAUUUUAUUCAGGUUCGUUCUAUAGGCAUCCAUUAGUGCAGCGUCACGAGUGGUAUUGGAGGGUAGAGCCUGAAGUUGAUUUUUACUGUGAUAUUACUUAUGAUCCAUUUUUCGAAAUGGCUAGACAUAACAAGAAAUAUGGGUUUAACAUUUUGAUCGAAGAAAUCUAUGCUACCGUCCCCAAUUUGUUCCGUUAUACAAUGGCAUUCAUCAAAAAAUAUAGAAUAAAAACGAAGACACUUUGGAAAUUAUUUUCUAUGAACCACUACAUUUUGAAGACGUCAAAUCAAGAAUUACAGGAUUGGGUUAAUUUUUACAGGGAUGUAGAGCCAAAGCUAGUUGAAAAACUUAUCAUUGAAGAUUUUUUGAAAGGUGAAGAUCCAGAAGAUAGUAUUGGUUUGAAUUUCUUGAUUAGAAGAUCAAAAUCAUCAACUCCCAUUGUAGAGGAUAAAUUUGAAAAUGAGGAGUACAACUUGAUUCACUUCUGGUCAAAUUUUGAAAUUGCUCGUGUCGAUACUUUUGAUAAUCCAAUUUAUAAUGCAUAUUUUGAGUAUUUGGAUAAAAUGGGUGGUUUUUGGAGAGAACGUUGGGGUGAUGCUCCUGUACAUUCCUUAGGACUUGGUUUAACUAUGAAUGUAGAAGAUAUCCAUUAUUUUAGAGACAUUGGUUAUCAACAUAGUGUCAUGGCUCAUUGUCCAAAGAAUGCUCCUCAUAAACAAUUGGUUUAUAAAGAAGGCGAUCCUCGCCAUAAGCGUGGAUACUUUAAAAACUGGUAUGAUUCAACUUCUGAAAAUGGUUCUGGGUGCCGUUGUUCAUGCCCAAGUCAAAGGGAUACAGAAGAUAAAUCUUCGGAAUGUAUGGAUCGUUGGAAGAAUUUGCUAACGGCUGACGAUGCAGAACUAGAUGGUGGUCGUCAUUCUGGAUAUGUCGACACAAACAAAGUAGAAAGGAAGCUUAAACAAAAAUUAUUCCAAUCAGAUUAA